AAUGGUUUAGCAGCAAUGUUGUCCCUCAGGUUUAAAUAGUAACAAUGUACAGGAAGUAUUUUGAAGUAAUAACUAGCUUAUAUAUUCAGCGACGCGUUGCCUUUAAGGUUGAACUGAAUCGCAUAGGAUCCGUAUAUAGUUAUACCCGUGCUGUUGAGGAUACAGACACCCACGAACUCAGUCACUGAACAGUGUAAUCCAGCGGGUCUGAAAAUAUGUAGCGACAAUCAGAGAUAUCUCCUCACACCAGACGUGCUCAGUGAUAUGUCAGUUUAGCAGAAGCAAGAGCGAACAUGUUCAGAAGAUGACGGGCUUGUCUGAGAUCUCGGCAGCCUGACGGAGAGACGCCCGUCGACCCGACGCCGCAUCCAGCGGAAACUGGAGCGACGAGGCUAAGAGAACAAAAUGAACGAACUUCUUCUCUUGGAUCUUCUCAACUGUUCCCAGUCCCCGAACUGCUCUCGCAGGAACUUCUCGUUGACGACGUUAGGGGACGAAUGUCAGAGCCACCUGCCCAUGUUCUUCAUCAUGGCGAUCGCUUACAGCGCCGUGGCUCUCCUGGGGAUCAUGGGUAACCUGGCCCUGAUCCUCAUCAUCGCCAGGCAGAAGGAGACGCACAACGUGACCAACAUCUUGAUCGCCAACCUCUCGGCCUCUGACCUGCUGAUGGCGGUCGUCUGCCUGCCAUUCACCUUCGUCUACACCUUCAUGGACCACUGGGUCUUCGGCGAGGCCAUGUGCAAGCUGAACAGCAUGGUACAGUGCAUCUCCGUCUCCGUCUCCAUCCUCUCUCUGGUGCUGAUAGCCAUGGAGAGGCACCAACUCAUCGUCUACCCUCGUGGUUGGAGGCCCAACAACCUUCACGCCUACGCGGCCAUCGCUGUUAUCUGGACCCUGGCAGCGGUCACCGCUCUGCCUUUCGCCGUCUUCUCCAUAGUGACCGAUGACCCCCUAAAACUGCUGCAGUACUUCCACGAGCACUACGGCGGGAAGGUGGUGUGCGUGGAGAGCUGGCCUUCCAGAACGUUCCGGCUGACCUACACCACCGGCUUGCUCUUCAUUCAGUAUGUGGGACCUCUCUGCUUCAUCUUCAUCUGCUACUUAAAGAUAUAUGUCCGCCUUAAAAGGCGAAGUAAUAUCAUGGAGAAAGUGAGGGAGAGCAAGUGCAGGUCGAACGAAAGCAGGAGGAUCAACGCCAUGCUCUUCUCCAUUGUGGUGGCCUUCGCCGUCUGCUGGCUCCCUCUCAACAUCUUCAACGCCAUCAUGGACUGGAACCACGAAGUACUCAUGACCUGCCACCACAACCCGCUGUUCUCCUUCUGCCACCUGACGGCGAUGGUCUCCGUCUGCAUCAACCCUGUCUGCUAUGGUUUCCUCAACAAGAACUUCCAGCGCGAUCUGCAUGUGGUGUUCCACCUCUGCAAGAGGACUCCCAGGGAAGAAGAAUAUGACACUAUAGCGAUGUCAACCAUGCACACAGAUGUGUCCAAGACAUCCCUUAAGACAGGAAGCCCAACAGAGUAUACAUAAAUGAUCAAUAUACUAAACUUUUGAAGGAGUACAUCAAGGUUGGCAUCAUUCUUCCGUACAUAGUUUCUGUACACUAUACUAAAACUUUUGAAUGUCUUAUUAAAAGGAAAUAUAAUUCACAAAUCCAUAUCGUAUAACAUUUAUGGUGUGUAUAUAAUAUGUACGGUGUGUCUAUAACAUUUACGGUGUGUAUAUAACAUGUACGAUGUGUAUAUAACAUUUACGGUGUGUAUAUAACAUUUAUGGUGUGUAUAUAAUAUGUACGGUGUGUCUAUAACAUUUACGGUGUGUAUAUAACAUGUACAGUCUGUAUAUAACAUUUAUGGUGUGUAUAUAAUAUGUAUGGUAUGUCUAUAACAUUUACGGUGUGUAUAUAACAUUUACGGUGUGUAUACAACAUUUAUGGUGUGUAUAUAACAUGUACGGUUUGUAUAUAACAUGUACGGUGUGUCUAUAACAUUUACGGUGUGCAUAUAACAUGUAAGGUGUGUAUAUAACAUUUACGGUGUGUAUAUAACAUGUACGGUGUGUUUAUAGCAUUUUUUAUGACUUCAAUAGAAUGGUUUGUGCAAGGCACAGUUUGUGCUUUCUGGACAGCAGCAGAGUAUUUGAGGACUAAAGGUACUUCAAAGCCAUAUGACAAAUCCCUGCAUAUAUCAUUAACCUUUUUUGGCGGUAGAUAAUAACUGAUGUAAUGAUGCACACAACCAUACAAUAGAAUCUCUGCUAUUCAGCUAACAGAAUUGUGCAAAAAGUUUUUUUUCCAUGUGUAUUUUAAAGAAGGUAAGUUUGCACAGGGUGAUUUUGUAUUCUAUACGUGUCUGUGAAUACGCAGGACGCCUUUGUUCGUGCUUCUUUGUAAUACAUCACGCCUCCAAAGAGGUUUUACAUGAAUGUUUUGUCAGUGUUUUUGAAGCUGGUAAAUAACAUUUCACGUGAUACAGUUUCAUAAAUAUUUUAU